UGAAAUCAGCGAGAACAGCAGCCUCACAAAACACAUGUGUAAGACGUGAGGAAACAAAACAUUCCACACUAGAACAAAAACACGUUCUGCAAUCUCCACUCCACAUUCCAGCAGUUAACAAUGGCGGAAAAGGAAGGAGAAGUGGUCUGCGUCACCGGCGCCAGCGGCUUCAUUGGCUCUUGGAUCGUCCACCUUCUGCUCCGCCGCGGCUACGCCGUCCGUGCCACCGUCAAAAAUCUAGGGGAUGAGAGAGAAACGAAGCACUUGGAAGCCAUUGAAGGAGCUGAUUCCGGCCUUCGCCUCUUCCAGAUUGAUUUGCUUGAUUAUGACUCCAUUGCCGCCGCAAUCAGAGGCGCCACCGGCGUCUUCCACGUCGCUUCCCCCUGUAUCAUCGAUCAAGUCGACGAUCCUCAGCGGGAGCUGUUGGACCCUGCAAUUAAGGGGACCCUAAAUGUACUGACGGCGGCCAAAAAUCUCGACGUUCGUCGCGUGGUCGUUACAUCUUCUAUAUCUGCCAUGAUUGCAAGCGCCACCAGUCUGGCAGACGUGGGUGAGGAUUGCUGGAUUGAUGAGGAUUAUUGCCGCCAAAAUGGGCUUUGGUAUCCUUUGUCUAAAGCACUUGCUGAAAAAGCUGCAUGGAAAUUUGCCGAGGAAAAUGGUCUGGAUAUUGUUGUGGUGAAUCCAGGAAUGGUGGUUGGUCCGGUACUACCCCCAGCUUUAAAUUCAAGCAUGCAAUUGAUGGUUCACGUACUUCAGGGCUGUGAUUUUUCCGAAAGAUUCUUCAUGGCAUUAGUACAUGUGAAAGAUGUGGCUCUUGCUCACGUGCUGUUGUAUGAGAACACAUCAGCAGCUGGAAGGCAUCUGUGUGUUGAAUCUUUAUCACGUUAUGAUGAAUUUGCCGAACAGAUGGAGAGACUCUACCCUGAAUACAAGUUGCCCAGGUUUAGUACAGAUAAGCAACGGGGAUCAGCGAAGGCGUUAGCUGCAUUGAAGAAGCUGAUAGAUUUGGGCUUGGAUUAUACUCCCAUGGAGCAGAUUGUUAAGGAUGCUAUUGAAAGUUUGAGGAGCAAAGGAUAUCUUUCCUGAAAAUGUGUAGAAUAUGCUUGUGUGAUGAUGCGUAGGUAUUAAUGUAAUCAUAUAGCAUAUGAAAGUUUGCUUUGAUAUUUGUGAGGAUCGGAACUGUUUUAUUGAGGAUUUGAUUCUUGUUGUGAGAAAACAAAAGGUAUGUUUGGAUGAGUGAAUGGGUGCAUAAUCACAUUGCUGUAGUAUGUUAAUUAUGUAUUCUGCAAUAAAUUACAAGUAUAGAAUAUUACUUGCUUUCUCAGCUAAAA